GUAACAAUCAGUUUGAAUGCAUUGAAUCCAUUGAAAUGGUAAUGCAUUUCAUGAAAUGAUGGCCAAAGUAGACAAUAGUGUGACAAAGUGUUCACGUGUUUCAGCCAUUCAUCAUGUCUUCGAGCGAAGACAUUGACAGCACUAACAGUAAUACUGGACUUCAUGUGAAUCGCAAAUCCAUUACUAAUAAAUCCAUUAUUAAUUACAAGAAGUCUAAUAACCGGAAGAGAGUGUCAAUAGUGGAGCCGUCGGGUCUCACAUCUGGACAACUGUUGCCGUCUCUGACCACCGGUUCGUCGGUCGCCGGCAUUGAAGAGAUUCAAGAGUUGAGUCACUCGUCUAUUGAUAGCCAGAGUCUGGUACUGAUCGCCGCAAACAACUCUUCAGACGAGUCCGGCAUUGAAUCCACUGAAUCUGAUUCACUCCUCAGGACUAAAACAACUAAACGUCUCAAUAAAAAGAAUAAGAAGUCGCGUCGAAAGACAUCGAUAUUGUGUUGUAUAUGUGUAUUGACUGCCAAUUGUUUGUCAGCAAUGGUUCGCCUGUUGUUCGGGAAGAAGCAGUUGAAGCCGCGGACGGUUUACGUGAGAGGAUCGGACCGUUUCAACGAAAAGACCAAACAGUCGUUUCCGGCAAAUAUAGUGCGAAACCAGAAAUACAAUAUAAUCACGUUUUUGCCGAUAGUGUUGUUCAAUCAAUUCAAAUUCUUUCUCAACCUCUACUUCCUGUUGAUGGCGUGCUCUCAAUUCAUUACAUCCCUUAAAGUCGGUUAUCUCUACACAUAUUGGGCUCCACUGGGCUUUGUAUUGGGGGUAACACUGCUUCGGGAGGCCGUCGACGACAUCUUGCGUUUCAAACGCGACAAAGCAGUCAAUAGUCAAUUGUAUCAGAAGCUAACCCGUGACGGCCCGCUAGCCGUCCACAGCUCUCGCAUUAAAGUGGGAGAUCUGAUAGUAGUGUCCAAAGACCAGAGAGUGCCCGCAGAUAUGGUUUUCCUGCGCACAAGUGAGAAGAAUGGCGCCUGUUUUGUACGCACAGAUCAAUUGGAUGGCGAAACCGAUUGGAAACUCAGACUCGCCGUAGCGGCCACUCAAGGCCUCGAUUCUGGCGAUCAAUUGUUUAGUUUGGAUGCAUAUGUCGACGCAGAAGAGCCCCGAAGGGAUAUUCACAGCUUUACCGGCAAAUUCACUAUAGAUUCAGGCAAUAAAGAGAUUUCUUUAAAUAUUGAGAACACAUUGUGGGCCAAUACAGUGAUAGCUUCGGGCACUGCAAUAGGUAUUGUGAUAUACACGGGUCCCGAAACCCGAUCAAUGAUGAACAACAACGAGCCCCGCAGUAAAGUAGGACUCCUUGACUAUGAGGUGAACUCUAUCACCAAAGUAUUGUUCGCAGCGGUUGUCAUAUUAGCCUUUGCUAUGAUUUGUUUGAAAGGUUUUAACGGCCCGUACUUUAGAUAUUGGUUUCGAUUUGUGCUCUUAUUUUCAUAUAUAAUACCCAUUAGUCUGAGAGUUAAUCUUGAAAUGGGAAGAGUUGUGUACUCUUAUAUGAUUCAAAGAGAUAUGGAAAUACCGGGAACUUUGGUCCGAACAACUACUAUACCCGAGGAUUUGGGACGAAUCGCAUACUUAUUGACCGAUAAAACGGGAACUUUAACCAGAAAUGAAAUGGUGUUUAAGAAAAUACAUUUGGGAAAAAUCUCGUACAGUCCUGAAUAUUUUGAUGAGUUGGCCGCUCUGUUGAGGGUCUACUAUACGCCACAACCGCCGCAAUCCAACAACUAUCAGACCCAUAAACGGGACAGUUCGACGGCCAGUACGGCCAGCUUUACUGUCGAGCGCCGCCAAUACCAACCCAGACAUAUGAGAGUCGAUUCUUACGAAGUGGACAGAGAUAGUGUCUAUCGAGUCCAACAGGCAGUUCUUGUCAUUGCUUUGUGUCAUAACGUAACGCCGUCUUAUGAGAACGGAUCCAAUCCCUACUCAGACAGCACUGAACUCUCCAAACCACCCAUUGAUCCAGAUUCAGUUGCCAUACCAUUGAUGCCCAGAGGAAUCACAUAUCAGGCGUCGAGUCCUGAUGAGGUGGCACUCGUGCAGUGGACCGAGAAGUUGGGUCUGGCACUAGUUUAUCGAGAUUUAACAACAAUGAAACUCCGGAACCCAAUUGGAAAUCUUAUGAGUUUUGAAAUUUUGCAAAUAUUUCCGUUUAGUUCGGAAACCAAACGAAUGGGUAUUAUUGUUAGGGAUAUGACAAACAACGAGAUUAUGUUCCUCUUGAAAGGCGCCGAUUCUGUCAUGUCGUCUAUUAUUGUGUACAGCGAUUGGCUUCAGGAACAGUGCGAUAAUAUGGCCAGAAGUGGUCUCAGAACUCUUGUUGUCGCCAAAAAGUCUUUGACUGACGAACAAUACGUAGAAUUCGAGACCCGAUAUAAUCAGGCAAAGUGUUCAAUGAGUGACAGGAAUGCAAAGAUUGGCGCCGUUUUGGCAAAUCUUGAGAAGGAUAUGGAAACCGAAGCUCACCUCGAGUUGAAUAACUUUCACCGCAAGAGUGACUGUCCGCUUGUGAUCAGAGGGGAAGACCUGGAGUUGUGUAUGAAGUUCUACUCGACUGAGUUCAUGGAGUUGGCGUGUCAGUGCCCGGCCGUCGUCUGUUGCCGCUGCUCUCCCACACAGAAGGCAGAAGUGGUGAAACUGAUUCAGAACAGGACCGGCAAACGCACGUGUGCUGUGGGCGAUGGCGGCAACGAUGUGUCGAUGAUCCAGACGGCAGACGUGGGCGUCGGUAUUGUCGGCAAAGAGGGACAACAGGCAUCACUGGCCGCCGAUUUCUCGAUCCUUCAGUUCAGUCAUAUCUAUCGCUUGAUUCUACUUCACGGACGGUAUAGUUAUAAACGGUCGGCCACUUUGAGUCAGUUUAUUAUCCACAGAGGACUCAUCAUAAGCACACUUCAGGCCAUCUUUUCGUCGGUGUUUUACUUCGCAUCCGUCGCUCUCUAUCAGGGCUUUCUAAUGAUAGGUUACGCCACUCUCUACACAAUGUUUCCCGUAUUUAGUAUAGUGUUGGACAAAGACGUGUCUCCGCGACUAGUCAUGCGUUACCCCGAGCUCUACAAACUGAUGAAAGGGCGGUCUCUGAGCUAUAAGACAUUUUUCAUAUGGGUGUUGAUCAGUAUAUACCAGGGAGGGGUCAUUAUGUACGGAGCGAUGCUUCUGUUCAACGACGAGUUCAUACAUGUGGUGGCCAUCACCUUCACGGCAGUCAUACUGACCGAGUUGUUGAUGUUGGCGCUGACAGUGCGGACGUGGCAUUGGAUGAUGAUAGUGGCCGAGUUGAUCUCACUGUCCACCUAUUUGCUCACUCUCAUAGUGGCGCCACAGUAUUUCGACGAGAAGUUCAUCCAAACGCGUGCUUUUCUAUGGAAAGUCACUCUAUUGACGGUCGUGUCGUGUCUACCCCUAUAUAUACUCAAGUUUGUCCACCGAAAGAUCGCACCGCCCAGUCAUUCAAAGCUCACCUAA